CGGCUGGGAGCUGGGAGAGUUGGUAGCGCCGAUUUCGGCAAAAUGUCUCUGUUGUGAAUCGCGACUCGCAACGAUAUUUUCCAUAAUAUACAAAUAGUGGCCGACGAAGGGAAAUCUUAUGGUGAUUGAGUUUCGCGCGGAGACUAUCCGAAGAUGAGCAUCAGACUUUUAAAAGAUCCCGCUACCGCGUCCAGCCGUAUAUUUGUAGGCCAUUUACAAACCGACGAUGUUACAAAGCUGGAGCUGGAGGAGCAUUUCGCCAAAUAUGGCACUGUUAUAGCAUCAACGAUAAACAGAGGCUUUGGAUUUGUACAGUUUGAAAAUGAUCAGUCUGCGCAGAAAGCUAUUCAGAAUGAAAAUGGUGCAAUGUUCAAAGGCAGACGUAUAGAUGUCAGACCAGCGAAGAAAGACAAUCAAUCUGGCGGUGGUGGAAAUGCGGGGAAUCCAAAUGCAAAACAAAUGGGUGGAAUAAAUAAUCAAUUUAAUUCUAUGGGUAGCCAAUUGAGUAAUGCAAAUGAAUCGUUUGGUGUGAAUAAGCCAAAUUAUCCCGGUGGGAUGAAUCAGAGCUUUGGCAACGACAACACCUUUGGCAACAACCAAAAAGACUUGAACAUUCAAGCUAGGAGCGGCGGAAAUAGCCAUGACGAUGGAAAUCAGGUUGGGAGUAAUGAUAAUGAUCAAUUUAAUGGGAAACAUAAUAAUAACGGAAACGAUCAUUUUAAUAAUCCCGCGCAAAAUCGUGGAAAUAAUCAGUUUAAUAUGAAUAAUCCAAAUCGUGGAAACGAACAGUUUGUUACCGGUCACGGCAAUCAAAACAGAGCCACCAACAAUCAAUUUGGGAAUAACAACCAAAUGGGAAAUCAGAAUAGGCCCGGGGGAAAUGCAGGAAAUCGAAAUCAAGCUAAUCCAGGCAACAAUCAAAACCAAAAUGCCACUGGUGGAGCGAUGGGCCUUUGCGGUGGCGUCCACAGAACACGGGGGACGAGAGGGGGAAAGAAUAGAAAUAAGAAUAAUCAGAACAAUUCCAACAAUCCGAACAUAAAUACUUUCAGAGAUCGAAGUCCAAUUAAUAGGAAUAACCGGAUGGAAGAUAAGACAAAUAGAGACUGGGAUCUCAAACAAGGAGAUAGACUGCGUAACAACAAUUUUGUCAGAGAUUCCUUCAACGACAGUGGGAAUCGGUACGAUGAUUUCAAGCCUUCUGCAACUAGAGAGGCAAAUGCCAACUUUGGAAAUACCAGUGGCUCGACUGAUUAUCUUGCCAUCGCAGCUGAGAAGAACGACUGCGAAAUUAUUGUCGUUAAUAAGGCGUUAACGAAAUAUGCAGAAGAUAUCGAAUUGCGCUUGAAACAAAUCGGUUUAAUGGUAGACUUGCUAUUUCCAAAUGAAGAUGUUCCUUUAGGUCGUGUUUUGGGAAAUAUAGCGAGUCGUGGCUGUCUCUAUGCUGUAGUCGUUACACCCAUCAACCACGAGCACCAUUCCUUAACACUGAAUAUUUUACAUGGUUUGCCACAAGAACACAGAAACAUGCCAGUCGAAGACGCUAUAAAUUUGAUUUCGCGAGAUUUCGCCAAUUACAAAGCUGGUGGGCGCUCGGUUCCCUUGAAUACACCUCUUGCGAAUGAGCGUCAUCCGGAUGCUAUACAAGUUCUCCUUAACAUGCUGGCUGACAAUCAUCAGCUGACAGUUCUGCAGUACGAUCGCGUCAUUAAGUACCUCGAGAUUAAACGCGAGGAACAAGUACAAGUUGAAUUGGGCGAUGCAAAAGAUUUGCCUGUCAAAACACCGCUCACGGCAGUCAACGAUCCGAAACAGGCCGAAUUACAAACGAGAAUAUUGAAUAUUUUAAAUAACAGUAAAAGCGCAUCGACAGCGGUAGAACCCAGCCCGGUACCACCACCGACUUCAGCACCAACCCCGGUACCGCCAGCUAAUUGGGGAUCAGCAUCGAACGCGGUCACGUCAUCCACGACAACCUCCUCUACAGGAGUUUCACCUUCACCUCUCUUAAAUGAUCCAACAGUUCAGAAAGCUCUCGACAGUCUCUUGCAAGGUAAUUUAUUGAAAAACAUUGGCGACCAACAACCAUCACCUGCAGCAACAACUGGAGCGCCGUUAUUUGCUGCCUUCUCCAAUAUCGGUAGAUUUUAACUGCUACAUCUAUUCUGUUGUAUAAACUUGCAUACGAGUUUUUAAAUUCUUUAUAAUUUUCCGAUUUUACUUCUCACUACUGAAUAUGCGAUAUAGCGAAAACGCAGUCGACAAGACGUAGUAACAGCAUUGCAAACAUAACAAUAAGUAUUUUAGUACAUUGUAUAUACAUAGUACAUUGUACUAAUUAAUUAUUAACAUUUAUUGUAAAAUGAUAACAUUCAAAGUUUGCUAUAAUUCUAAAGGCACGACAAUUAUCAUUCAAAUAUUCACAUUACUCUGUUACUGUCUAUAUGCAUUGUUGAUAAUAUACUUCUCUCUAAAUAGCUAUGUGUGUGUUUAAAACAACAUAUGCUCUCAUACAAUAUUACAUAUAAUUUAUUAGAGCUAUACUUCAUAUAUUAUAUACAUAUACAUAUAUUUUGCAUUGCACAAAAAUGCUUGAAUUUUAGGUAAUAUACAACACAUAGUACGUCUAAAAUUUUUGUUCGAAACAAAACUAAUCUUAUUUUUCGUCAUUAUAUAUAUAUACAUAUAUAUGUACCUUUAUGUAAAACUCAGUUUUUAUACAACUUAGAAUGAUAAAUGUUAGAUAAAUAUGCAGUAUAAUUAAAGAUACACCCUUUUCUUAGUGUAUGAACAUUAUUUUAAUUUUCAUGUUCCUAUACUACGGAGUAUUCUAACGUUAUCCCUGAAAAGUUUUUCUCCGGUUAAAAUUAUAACAUAAAUGAAUAAUUUUUAUGAGGAUAUUUAACGUUAAGUUCGUAGUUAUAUAAAUUUUUUAGUAAAACUCAUAAUAUAUUUCUUCAAGUAGACAUAAUAGAUCGAUAAAUAUAUUUUAGACUUUAUUAAUAUUACUUGGCCAUAUAUAGCGCGUAAAAUAUAUCUGAAGUAAGAAAGUGUAAAUUUCAUUAAGUAUUAAUGCAUGUAUCUGAAAUAUAUUAUGUCUAAAAAGAAUCAUCGUAAUUGUAUCGUGUGUAAUGAAUUUUCCGUAUUUUUGGUGUAUUCCUGUAUGUAACACGAAUAUAUGUAAGAUUUAUUCAGCCUCGCUAUACAAAGUUUAUAUGUAAUACAUGAAAAUUAAAAAAUGCAAAUUAGAAA